GGAGGACAGACUUUCCUGCGUUUAUGACAAUGAUAUAGUUGAAGAAGUUCGACAGGCCAAAGCUGAGCAGCACCAGAACAAAACAACAGCCCCCCAAGAAGAAAGUGAAGAAGAGCGACUGGGAAAAAAUGUGCCCAGCUACAUGAAGGAUUAUCAAAACUACUGAUAACAGGAAGAGGGCCAAAAUGACGUUAGAGAGUAAUGUUCUUCUCUCAGUUGACAUUAUUACCUUCCUCAUCGGCCUACCUCUCAACGUCCUGGCUCUCUACGCCUUCAGUGUGAAGAUCCGCUCCAAGCCUCUCCCUGGUGACAUCCUGCUCCUCAACCUGACCAUCUCUGACCUUCUCUUCCUGAUCAUCCUUCCUUUAAAGAUGCACGAAGCUGCUUCAAAGAUGGAAUGGGAUCUACCUAACUUUGUGUGCUCCAUCACCGCCUUCACCUUCUUCUCCACUAUCUACACCAGCUCUUUGCUGCUGAUGGCCGUCAGUGUGGUUCGUUACGUUGCAGUAGCUUACCCCAUCACCUAUCAACAACUACGCAAACCUGCAUAUGCGAUAGUUACCUGUGUUUUGAUUUGGCUCAUAUCAGCGGCACACUGCAGCAUUACAAUCAUCAUCCAGCACCACCCAGUUCUGUCUGAGGGGAACAGCUCCAGGUGCUAUGAGAAAUUCACAGAGAAGCAGCUGGAGGUCGUCCUUCCUGUGCGUUUGGAGUUCUUCUUCGUGCUCUUCCUUGUACCUUUUCUAGUUUGUAUCUUCUGUUAUGUGCGCUGCAUCCUGAUCCUGUACAGCCGCCCAAAUAUAUCCGUUAUGCAGAAGCAGAAGGCCAUCGGCAUGGCCCUUGGGACUCUAGCUGUGUUUGUAAUUUGUGAACUGCCUUAUAAUACUUCCCAUUUAGUGGGCUAUAUUCAGGGUAAGAGUCCAGAAUGGAGAUAUUACACUUUACUGCUUUGCACCUUCAACACCUGCAUUGAUCCCAUCAUCUACUAUUUUUCCUCCUCCGCCUUCCGCUGCACAAGUGAAAAAUCCGUUUUCAGGAGGCAUGCUUCAAAAAAACACCAUCAGCCUACAAGCUCCAGCUAAGAGUUGCAUUUUUUAUGCAAUAUGCAUACCAAGCCUUAAAGGGAUAAUUUGGUAAUAGUUGUGGCAUUAGCCUCUAUGAUUUCAGUCUGUGUUGUCCCUUUAAGCAGACUGAGCUAAGGGUACCUGCAGGGAUGCUAGGCUAUGCAGCAGUGCAGAUUGGUAAAGUUGCCAUGCAUCACUUACUAAGUUUAGGUUAAAAUGUUGGCUAAAAUUUGCACUUUAUCAAAAUUUUUGAAGCCUUAGAAAUCCUGUGUCUGGCAUUAUUUUGCAAUGCAACACUCAGCUACGUUUUCUUCCACCACAGUGUAUGGUCAUCUCCUGAUCAGCUGUUUGGGCAUGCUGGCUUCGAUGAAGUCAAACUUAAGAAGGUCCGUAAAACAUUAGUGUUCAGGGAGGGAACUCUGUAGGGAGAGUGAUGCAGGCUGCAGGCAUUUGUGAGCUGCUUAUCUCGAUAAGAAAUGUCCCAUAGAAGACCCAUUCAUAACAGUAAUCGCUCUCUGGGUUUAUCCGCAGGAGCUAAUGGUUUUCUCACCUACACCAGAAAACUUGGGAUCUCUCCAGCCAACUAUUCUCUUAUGGCAACUUAGUCUCUAUCUGUAGAAGUUGUUCCCUUAUCUACGCCAAGUCAUAAAAGUAUUCCCUCGUAUCCUCAGUAAAUGGCAUGUCAUCGCCACCUGAGUUGUAAUCGCUUUUUUAGUUUCAUUUUAGUUUAGUUUUGUCGUUGUUUCCUCUGACAAAGCCCCUAACAGCUGAACAGGAGAUAGCGCUACAGGCUUCAAAAAAGUGCAAAACACAGAGGCUUUCUGGGUGAAAAAUAAAACACUUUACAAAUUUUCAAUACAGAGUUGAACUGAGCACUAUAAAAGUGUCUAUGUUGGUCCAAACAACAUAAAGUUAAAACAUAAAACAGUUUACACUAUGACAGAGUUAAAUCAGAUUUAAAAUAGCAAUGGACAGAGCUUCGGUCAGCUGACACUCUGUAGAGUUAGAUUAACACUGAAUGGACUGACACUUUUAAAUAACUUCAGCACUGAAUGGAGUUAAAAUUACACUUUGAGUGUUAAAAUCAACUCUUAAACUUUGACACAGAGAGUUUAACACUCUGGUUUUUGCUGUGAAGCUUGGCUUCCUUGCCAAUGCCCCAUCACCCUCUUACUGAAAUCACUGGAGGCUAAUGCCACUUCUCUUCCCAAGUACGUUAUAUGACUCAACUUAAAAAAUAUCUAAAUAUCCCUUUAAUUAUCAUGAUAUGUUGAAUAUUAUAAACUUUAGCAUGUAUGUUCAUUUAUAAAACUGUUUGACAUGCUUUUAGAUCAAAAUUUAAAAAUACUUCAGUAAUAAACAACAACACAUGGUCUAUGCAUAUGCAAAUUUCCAAUUUUUAUUAUUUUACAGAAAACUAUUCUCCAAUUUUUCAGAGGGGAAUUGAUAUCCUUUGCAGCCUUUGCACAUUAUUUCCUGUUUAACGAGGGCCUGCCACUCUCCUGCACUCAUGCAUUCUGUAGGCACACAUGUAGAAUAUACCUGAAAAAGAGAAGACAAUAUGGGGCAUUAACCAACCAUUCUGCAGAAAAAUAAAGGUUAUAUAUACUUUUAGAUUAUUUUGUGUAUAGUUCUUGUUAGUUUUGUAACA